CAAUUUUUUUGCUUGAGAUUUCUGCAGCGCUCGUGUCGAGUGCGCAUUUUGCUUCACAACCUACCCCGCCAUUUCUAGAUCUACCGGUUAGAUCUAGAAAUUCCUGCGAACUACCGCAAACAUGGCUACCGACAAGGGACUCGAGGACGUCCCCGAGGGACAGAUCGAGUCUAACUACGAUGAGACGGUCGACUCUUUCGACGAGAUGAACCUGAAGCCCGAGCUGCUUCGCGGCAUCUACGCUUAUGGUUUUGAGCGCCCGUCUGCUAUUCAGCAGCGCGCUAUCAUGCCGGUCAUCAAGGGUCACGAUGUCAUUGCUCAGGCCCAGUCAGGUACCGGAAAGACCGCAACCUUCUCCAUCUCAGUCCUCCAGAAGAUCGACCCCAAUCUCAAGGCGUGCCAGGCGCUCAUCCUCGCCCCCACCCGUGAGCUUGCCCAGCAGAUCCAGAAGGUCGUUGUCGCCAUCGGUGACUUCAUGAAUGUCGAGUGCCACGCCUGCAUUGGUGGCACCAGCGUCCGUGAUGACAUGAAGGCCCUUCAGGAGGGUCCCCAGGUCGUUGUCGGCACCCCCGGCCGUGUCCAGGACAUGAUCCAGCGCCGCUUCCUCAAGACGGAUAACAUGAAGAUGUUCGUCCUCGAUGAAGCCGACGAGAUGCUUUCGCGCGGUUUCACUGAGCAAAUCUACGAUAUCUUCCAGUUGUUGCCGCAGUCCACCCAGGUUGUCCUACUUUCGGCCACGAUGCCCCAGGACGUUCUCGAGGUCACAACCAAAUUCAUGCGUGACCCGGUCCGCAUCCUGGUCAAGAAGGACGAGCUUACUCUCGAGGGUAUUAAGCAGUUCUACAUUGCCGUCGAGAAGGAGGACUGGAAGCUCGACACUCUUUCGGAUCUUUACGAGACGGUCACCAUCACCCAGGCUGUUAUCUUCUGCAACACGCGCCGCAAGGUCGACUGGCUGACUGACAAGCUCACCGCUCGCGACUUCACUGUGUCUGCCAUGCACGGCGACAUGGAUCAGGCUCAGCGUGACCUGAUUAUGAAAGAAUUCCGUUCCGGCUCCUCUCGUGUCCUGAUCGCCACCGACCUUCUGGCCCGUGGCAUCGAUGUCCAGCAGGUCUCGCUGGUCAUUAACUACGACCUUCCGGCCAACCGGGAGAACUACAUCCACCGCAUUGGUCGCGGCGGUCGCUUCGGUCGCAAGGGUGUCGCCAUCAACUUCGUUACUGCCGAUGAUGUGCGCAUGAUGCGCGAAAUCGAACAAUUCUACAGCACCCAGAUUGAGGAGAUGCCGAUGAACGUGGCCGACCUGAUUUAAAACUGUCAAGGUAUCAAGCGACAUCAUACACUCUUCCAUCUCAGCAUUCACCUGGACACAUCCCGCACGUUGGCAUCGGUGUUUCGCACUAUACUGAGGGACAUUGUGCUGGGUGGUGGUUCUGGUAGGAAGAGAAGGGAGCUGCGUGGCUGAUUGGGUUUUUUUUUUUUUUAUUUGCCCUGUUUCGCGGGGGCCUAGCAUCUGGUUGACAUACCAAAAGCUCUGAUAGGGGUUUCGGCGCCUGCAUCUUAAUGACUGAAUGG